CGUAUAUUAAUAUUAGUAUAAUAAAGAAAUACGUCUUAGAAAUACAGUAGAAGUCCCCUCUGUUGGUGCUGUGUACAUGUACGUACAGACGAGCACGUUGACGAAGUAGGUUAUCUUUAGCUGUAGGCGACCUUCACCAUGUUGAUCCGCUUGGAGGUCGAGAAUUUCAAGUCUUACAGAGGUAAACAGACUCUGGGCCCAUUUCUUAACUUCACGGCUGUAAUUGGACCAAAUGGCGCGGGUAAGUCCAAUUUGAUGGAUGCCAUCAGUUUUGUACUGGGCGUCCGAUCACAGCAUCUGCGCGCGAGUCACUUGAAGAAUUUGGUCAAUGGCGCUGGUACUGCCGCGGGUGCGGACAAGGCAUAUGUGCGAGCUGUUUACCGAGAAGAAGGAGCCGACAAGGACACUCUGUUUUAUCGUAGUGUACAGCAGAACGGAACUUCUGAGUAUCGCUACAACAAUAAAGUGGUUACUCAGGAAGUCUACAUGCAACGUCUGAAGGAUAUCAAUAUCAUCUCCAAGGCACGCAACUUUCUUGUUUUCCAAGGAGAUGUCGAGUCACUCGCGUCUAAGCAGCCGAAGGAUCUUACGUUGCUGUUCGAGCAGAUCAGUGGUUCCGGAGCGAUGAAACCCGAUUAUGAAAAUGCGCAGGUCGAGAAGGAGAAAGCGGAAGAGGAACUCAAAGACUUCUACCAACGCCGCAAGGGUAUCAACUCAGAGAAGAAACAGUUCAAGGAACAGAAAGAUGAGGCCGAUAAGUUCCAAAAGCUGACCAACAAUAGGGAUCAAAUUGAAGUACAAUAUUUCCUGUUCCAGCUCUGGGACAUUCAGCGGCAGAUGAAGGGAUCUCUGAAUAUGGCCAAUUUGCUCGGCAAGGAUGUAGAGAUUGCAAAAGCCGAACAAACUAAAGCCGAAGAACAGGAACGCAGUAGGCGACGCGCAUUGGCCAAAGAACAGUCCCAGCUGGUCAAAUUUGACGAUCAAAUCAGGGACAAGAAUCGGGAAUUAAAGAAGGUGCGGCCCAAACGAACAAAAAUCUUACAGCAGCUCGAGCAUUGCAAGAAAAAGAUCGAGGAAGAGCGCGCGCAUCUCCAGCAAGCGGAGAGGGAUGUGUCGAAACAGGAGGCCACGGUGGACAAGCUCGAGCGUGAUAUCAAGGAUAUCGCCCGUCGUAAGAAUAAGUAUGAGGCCGAGAUAACCGGAGAAGGGGGUUCUGCUGAUAUCACUUUGGCUACUGCGCAAUUGGAACAGUAUAACAAACUCAAAUCAACAUCAAAGAAUCAAACAAUGGCACUCCAGAGCAAGAUAGACGAGGUACAACGUACAAUGCGUAUAGCCACCGAGAAUCUCAGUCGAGAAGAAGGCAAGCUCAGCCAGUUCUGUAAGACUAGGGAUGCACAGGAGAGCCGGGCGAAGAACUUUGAGCUGCGCAGAGAGAAACUCGCAGCACAGAUGAAGGAGCAAGAGGUGAAGGUGCUUGAGCUUACGGAUCAGGUCACGGCCCACUCCAAGACACACAGCCGGGACAGCACUAAGCUGGAAAAUGCUCGCGCUCAACUGACCAAGAUCGACGGGCAAUUGAGAGAAGCUAAGGCAGAUAAGAACGAGAGUGAACGUGAUCGCAAGUUUUUGGAGUGUUUGGAGGAGAUGAAACGGCUGUUCCCAGGUGUCAAGGGUCGACUAAUGGACCUUUGUUCCCCUACGCAUAAGCGCUUCAAUGCCGCCAUUACUGUUGUGAUGGGCAAAAACAUGGACGCUAUCGUAGUGGAUACUGUCGAAACGGCCAAAUCAUGCAUGCAGUAUCUCAAGGUACAGAAGGGUGGAGUGGCCACCUUCAUUCCGUUGCAAACAAUCGAGGGCAAGCCUGUCGACGAGCGGCUGCGUAACCUAGGAGGCACCAAACGUCCCGUAGUGGAUGUGAUUAAGUACAGUGCGGAUAUCACCAGAGCCAUCGAGUUCGCGUGUGGGGCUGCUAUUGUAUGUGACACUUUGCAGGAGGCGAAAGCACUGUGCUUUGGCAAAGGACGAGCGAGUAAGCACAAGUGUGUCACCAUCGAUGGCACGUUGAUCCGCAGAUCGGGUGUCAUGACCGGAGGUCUUACCGGUGUUGAAAGUCGCGCCGCCAAGUGGGAACAAAAGGCCAUCGAUGAACUCAAACGGGAGAGAAUUCAGUACCAGAGGGACGUAACUGCAUUGCAAAGCUCAGUGCCCAGUGUGGAGCGAAGUUUAGACGAGGCAAAGUCACAACUUGCAGCAGCGAAACAAAGACUGAGUCAGUUUCAGCAGGACAUGGAGAUCACCACCAUGAACAUCAACAAACUCAGUGCGAAAGUGGAAGAAAAAGAAAUAACCCAAAUUGAGGACGAGAUCAAUAAAUACAGCCAAGCAGCCGCCAAGGCGAAGGAAAAGGUCACGGUACUCGAGAGAGAAAGAGAUGCAGUGGUGGACCAAGUGUUCGCGGAAUUCUGUGCAAGUGUUGGAAUUAACAAUAUCCGAGACUACGAGGGUACCGAAAUCAAGGUCCAGCGUGAGCGUGCACGAAAACUCUUGGAAUUUGACAGUCACAUCAGCCGCCUGCAGAGCUCACUCGAAUUUGAGAAGUCACGCCUCGUAUCUUCGCAAGUGAGGAUUGCCAAGAAGGCUAUUGCAGCUCUCCAGGAGGAGUUCGGGCUGCUCGAAACACAGUCCAUCACGCUUUCGGAGUCCAUGACUGCCAUUGAAGAGAAACUGGCCACACUUAUCAAUGACCAGAAUCAGUUCAAAACCAAAGUUGACGAGAUCGAUGUAAGUGUCAGAGAACUCAAAAAACAGGUUAACUCCGCAUCAGACCACCUCAACAGCGCCCAGCAGAAGAUGGCCUCGAAGCUGAACGACUUGAAACAAGCACGUAGCAAACGGCGCUCGCUUCUGAUGGCGUGCUUAGUGGAGGAGAUCGAAAUCCCGUUGAAGAAGGGCAAGAUGGAGAAUGUGGCUUUGGCGGGUAUGAAUACCUCGGCGGACGAUACUAUGGAUGUGGAUGAGAGGGACGUCUCUGUAUCAGAAGAUGUGCUCACAGACGCGGGCAUUGAAAUCAAUUUCGAUGAGUUAUCGGAUGAGAUCCGAAGUUUAGAAGACCCCAGCGACGUAGCUAGUGUAAUGGCACAAUACACCGAGAAACUGAAGAAAAUUGCGAGCAAGAUCGACAACAUGGCUCCUAAUAUGAAGGCGGUGGAGAAGCUGGACGGUGUACGCAAGCGCUUGAAGGCCAUCGAGGUUGAAUUCGAUGCCGCGCGAGAAAGAGCAGAGAAAGCGGAUUCCCAAUUUCGCGCCAUGCAGAAGAAGCGGUUCCAAUUGUUCGACAAGGCUUACACACAUAUUUCGGGCCAGAUCGAUACCAUCUACAAAGAGCUCACGCGUAACGUGAAGUCGAGGGCCCCUGGAGGCACAGCAUACCUGACUCUGGAGAGCAAUGAGGAGCCGUAUCUGUACGGUAUCAAAUACAACACGAUGCCUCCCUCUAAGCGUUUCCGAGACAUGGAACAGCUCAGUGGAGGCGAGAAGACCGUUGCAGCCUUGGCUCUACUGUUUGCGAUUCAUAGCUUUCGGCCGUCGCCUUUCUUCAUCAUGGAUGAGAUUGACGCCGCGCUUGAUGCAGUCAAUGUGCACAAAGUCGCGACGUACAUCAAGCAGCGGUCUGGCGACUUCCAGUGCAUUGUCAUCUCGCUCAAGGACUCGUUCUACGACAAAGCCGAUGGAAUCGUAGGCAUCUACAGAGAUAAGGCCCUUGAAGCAAGCAACUCGCUCACGCUUGAUUUGCGGCCGUAUGACGACACAAUCCCAUCGCAGGGGUAGAUCAGGACUAUUCAGUACUUACAAUACCCUUCGCAGUUUUCAGUUACCCGCAAAUUCAUGGAUUUACCAUAUGUGGUCGAGGUUUCGAUAACAUCACAGAUCGAGCAUAAGGGGCGCGAGGCAGAUGUGCGCACUCGCAGCUAUAAACGCAACUAUGCUGUCUACAACGGACCUUGAUAGUAGACGGGCCCAGCCAGACAAAACUGGCUAAUUAUUUAUACACUAUAGAUUCAGGUCCAACGUAAACCUUCGAUGUUGAAGCAUCAGGAAAAGGAGUAUGCUCAGUGGGUUCACAAUGGUGCUCAAACUGGAUCUAUGUAUUCAGAGGAAGUUCAGAGUACGCACAGUCGAAUUGAGAUACUCUUACUUAACCGACAACGGUAUUGUGGGGGUUUUUUUUUGCUCGGAGGAUGCAACCUUGGAUACUAUGUGGCUUCGGUAUUGUUUUAGCUACAUCAUCGCAUGUGUACAUACGGUCACACAUUCCAAAAAAAAAUAUGGGUGCAUAUGUACUCAAACAUAUGUGCUUGUAUAUAUGCGAAAACAUGCUGGAGACGUUGAAGACGAAAGGCGCAAAAUGCGCGUAGAACGUAAAAAGAAAACGGAAGUCUUCGCAGUGCCAUUAUAUGCAAAUGUGUACGAGGCAUUGCUGUGCGAUACAUUUAUCUGAAUAGCAACAUCAAUGGGUUCACACACAUAUACAAUUUAGGAGCUGAUACUAAUAGCCACGCCAUAGCAGCAUAGCCCAAAUAGAGGCAAAGCACCUUAUUCAGUCAAAACUGAGUGAGAUGCAAAUUCACAGUUGAACGCAGUGUAAGGUCAGCCAAAUAUACGACAGGGGUUUCAACAGCAGAAUAAACCGACGGCUGAUGUUCAAUAUAGUGUUGCCCUUGAAUGCGGGGGCUUGGCUCCCACUUCACGGGGCCAUGGCCUUACGCGUUUAUUGGACAUUGAGAACACUUAUGUACUAAUUUUUUUGCUUACUCUUAUCGUAUAAAUAUGAC